AUGUCCCCGUUCGUGAAGAUCGCCAUCGCGCUCAUCAUCGUCGGCGUGCUGCUCGCCGUCGGGGGCAUCGCCACGGGCGUCCUCGGCCGCCGGCGACGGAGGAAGCGACGCGCGAAGCGGACCGACGGAUCCGUGACCCUCCCCAACGGCGAGCAGACGCCGUCCAACCCGGUUCUGGAGACAGCGCCGUGCGUCGCCAUGAGCCAGGCCGCCCCCGUCGCCGCGUCGGCGAAGCGUGGAGGGCGGCGCGACGAGCACGGGCGGCUGGUGUUCAUCAGUGAGAGCCGCGUGAGGUUCGAGAUCGAGGACCUGCUGCGCGCGUCCGCCGAGGUGCUCGGCAGUGGCAACUUCGGGUCCUCGUACAAGGCGACGCUGUUAGAGGGCUCCUCGGUGGUGGUGAAGCGGUUCAAGGACAUGAACGGCGUCGGGCGUGAGGACUUCUCGGAACACAUGCGUCGCCUCGGCCGCCUCGACCACCCCAACCUCAUCCCGCUCGUAGCCUACCUCUACAAGAAGGAGGAGAAGCUCCUCAUCACCGACUACAUGUGCAACGGCAGCCUCGCCAAUCUCCUCCAUGGGGGUCGAGGAAAGGCGUUGGACUGGGGGAAGAGGCUGGGGAUCAUCAAGGGUACGGCAAGGGGGCUGGCGCACUUGUACGACGAGCUGCCGAUGCUGACGGUGCCGCACGGGCACCUCAAGUCGUCCAACGUGCUCCUCGACGCCGACUUCCGGCCGGCAUUGUCGGACUACGCGCUGGUGCCGGUGCUGACGGCGACGCACGCGAAGCAGGUGAUGAUGGCGUACAAGGCGCCCGAGUGCGUGGAGGCGCACGGGAAGCCGUCCAAGAAGAGCGACGUGUGGAGCCUCGGGAUCCUCAUCCUCGAGAUUCUCACGGGGAAGUUCCCGGCCAACUACCUCCGGCAGGGGAGCAAGGGCACCACCGACCUCGCCGGGUGGGUGAACUCCGUCGUCACGGAGGAGCGCACGGGGGAGGUGUUCGACAAGGACAUGUCAGUGGCGGGCGAGGAUGCCGAUAGCGAGAUGCUCAAGCUGCUCCAGGUCGGGCUGGCGUGCUGCGAGGCCGACGUGGACAAGAGAUUGGACCUCAAGGCCGCCGUCACCGGAAUCGAGGAGGUCAGGGAGCCGGAGCCUGCAUCGACGAGCCAAGGCGAAUCGAAAUCAUAA